AUGACCGCCCGAAUGCACUUGCCCUCCUAUAGAAAGGGCCCCGAGGUUGGCCCCCACAAGGGGCCGGCGGCCGGGAGCCCGGACGGGCCGCGGCUCUUCGGCUUCCCGCUGAAGUAUGUGUCGCUGGUGCUGCUGGUCAUCCAAAACAGCGCGCUGGUGCUGACGCUGCGGCAGUCGCGCGUGGCCGCCGCCCCGGGCGGCGUGCCGUACGCCUCGUCCACGGCCGUGGUCCUGAGCGAGACCCUGAAGCUGAUCACCUGCCUGCUGCUGGUGUUCCUGCUGGAUGCCCGGUCCUCGCCGCGGGCCUUCGGGGUCCUGCUCCGGCGGUUCAUCUUCACCCCGCGGCAGCUGCUGCCGCUGGCCAUCCCGGCCGUGCUGUACACCCUGCAAAAUAACCUGCAAUAUGUGGCGGCCAGCAAUCUGGACGCCGCGGUCUUCCAGGUGACCUACCAAUUGAAGAUCAUUGCCACGGCCCUGUGCUCGGUGCUGAUGCUGGGCCGGUCCCUGUCCAAGACCCGGUGGCUGUCGCUGGUGGUCCUGACCGCCGGGGUGGCCCUGGUGCAAAUGUCCCCGGCCGAAGUGGCCAACCUGGUGGACCUGACCGUCGGGUCGAUGCUGUCCGGGCUGCUGCCGCAGGCGGCCAACUUCGUCCGGGCAUCCGGCGGCCAGCGCGAAGCGCGCCAUGCGGCGGCGGCGGCGGCGGCGGCCCCCGGGGCCGGGCCUUCGGGGCUGCUGCGCACCGCGCGUAGCACCCUCAGCGGCGGUGUGGCGGCCCUCUCCAGCGGCGGCCCCGGCCGGCAGAAUGCCUUCGUCGGCCUGGUGGCCGUGCUGGUGGCCUGCGCCCUGAGCGGCUUUGCCGGGGUCUACUUCGAGCGCAUCCUCAAGAAGAACAGCGGUGGGGUGGAGCCGCCGCGCGAGCCGACCGUGGCCGGCGGCUCGGCCGGUGCGCCCCCGGUGGAGCCGGGCCCCCCCGGCAGCACGCCCCACCAGGCCGGCUACCCGUUGCACCCGCUGGUGGUGGCCGGGGCCGGGCCGGCGGCCGCCGGCGAGGCCAAGGCCAACUACUUCUGGACCGAGCCCGGGCCCGAUCGCCGGGCCGGAGUCGAUGUGGCCAGCAAGAAUGACGCUCGACGCCUGGCCGUGGUCAAUGCCGCCUAUCGGGCCGACCCGUCGGUGUGGGUGCGGAAUGUGCAGCUGGCUCUCUUCGGCGCGGGCAUCGGCCUGGCCGGGGCCCUGCUGGCCGACGGGGCGCACAUCGAUGAGCACGGCUUCCUCGGGGGGUACACCGGCUGGACAUGGCUGGCCAUCGCCAACCAAGCCCUCGGGGGGCUGCUGGUGGCCGUCGUGGUCAAGUACGCCGACAACAUCCUCAAGGGCUACGCCACCUCGGUGUCGAUCAUCCUCUCGGCCAUUGCCUCGGUGUAUCUCUUCAACUUUGUCAUCUCCUCCACCUUUGUCGUGGGAGCCACAUUGGUGUGCGUGGCCGUGUAUCUGUACUCCUGAGAGUGACCGGCCCGGAGGCCCAGAGGAGGGGCGCCUUGCCCGCUUGCUG